GCCUAGAAACCUACUCCCGGAUGUGGAAGGCUGAAGCAGGAAGCGCCACCUCAACCAACAGGCAACGAGCAGAAAGAAUGGGGUGGGAAGUAGGGCGGAGCAAGAAGGGAGAAGAACCAGACAGGCGGUUCCCCGUUGCCGCGGUAACGCUAGGGGUGGGAUGGGGCGGGGUCGCGGUGCAGCGUCACCCUUGACCCACGAAUAAAUUCUACGUCAUCAGAGGCUUCUAUCGCAGCAGCUGCUGGAAACGGAAGUGAAGCGGCACUAGCUGCGGCUCUGGCUUUGGUAGCUACGGUGACCGGCUAGUCCCGGACUAGGGGGACGCGGUGUGUGUGUGUGUGUGUAUAUGAUGCCGGCGUGGCCAUGGAGGAUCCUGGGCAAGAUGUAGUAGCUUCACCAGCUACACCUGGGAUUGGCAAAUCUAAGUUAGAAACAUUACCCAAGGAGGAUCUCAUCAAGUUUGCCAAGAAGCAGAUGAUGAUAAUACAAAAAGCUAAAUCAAGAUGCACAGAAUUAGAGAAGGAGAUUGAAGAAUUGAGAUCAAAACCUCUUGCUGGGGGAACUGAUGAUGUAAUUCAGGCUCUUACAGAACGGCUGGAUACUAUUCUUUUGGAAAAAGCAGAGUAUGAGCAACACUGUUUAGCACUGAAGAAAGAGAAUGUUAAAAUGAAGCAAGAAACUGAACAUUCCAUAACCAAGAUGGAAGACCUACAAAACGAGUUGGAACACUCACGUAGAAGUUACUUGAAAGAAAUUGAAAGUUUGAAAACUGAUUUGGUUGAAGUACAGUCCAAGUACAGUGAAGAUAAAGCUGGCUUAGAGAAGGAAUUGCAGGAAGCAAUGCAAAAACAAAUAGGACUUGCAGAAAAGCUUAAAAUUAAUAAUAAUGAGUCCCAAGAUGAUGUCAAAAAGCUUCAAGAAGAGAUUCAAAGAAUUAGGCCAGCUUAUGAAGGACAAAUUUUGUAUCUGAAAAAACAAUUAGAGGCUAUCGCUGAUGGAAAAAAUCAAGAAAUUAAUGUUCUCCAAAACAUUAUUAAGGCUAAUUCUCAAUAUUACCAAGGUGAAAUUAGUAGCUUGCUGGAGGAGCUUUUGCAACUGAAGACUGUACACAAAGAAGAAAUGGCAACAUUGAUGUAUCAACUAGAAGUUUGUGGUAAAGAUAGUGAAGAAGAAAGAAACAAAUCGAUACAGCUAAAGCAGUCUAAGGUAAAUGAAAAAAACAUUCAGGAGCAGGUGGAACAUGAAAACCUUAAAGAAGCCUUAAAUCCAAUUAAAGAAAAUCAAGUACAUGAUAAAAAAAUCCAAGAAGAUACUGCUGUUAAACAAAUAGUUAAUGAAAAGGUCAAACACUUAGAAGAUUCCUUGAAAGAAAUGGAGUCACAGCAUAGUAUGUUAAAAGAUGAAGUAACCUAUAUGAAUAAUCUUAAAUUAAAACUAGAGAUGGAUGCCCAGCAUAUAAAGGAUGAGUUUUUUCAUGAGCGGGAAGAUUUAGAAUUUAAAGUUAAUGAACUACUACUUGUUAAAGAAGAUCACUGUUGUAUAAUUGAAAAAUUAAAAUCUGAGCUAGAAGCUUCAAGAAAUCAAGUUAGCAAUACUAUUAAACAACAUGAUAUGGAAGUAGAGAGACUUAAAGAGGCAUAUCAAAAAGAAAUAUCAGAACUAAAGCAAACUUUCUUGUCAGAUUCAAAAAAAGAAAAUUUAGCCAUAAUGAUUGAAAUACAGGAUCUUAGGGAACAGUAUGAAAACUUACAGCAAGAAAAGCAGGAAGCAGUUUUAAAUUAUGAGAGUUUGCGAGAAACUAUGGAAAUGUUACAAAGAGAUUUGGGUGAGUCAGCUGGAAAGAUCAGCCAGGAAUUUGAAUCCAUGAAGCAACAGCAAGCUUCUGAUGUUUUUGAGCUGCAGCAAAAACUCAGAGCUGCAUUUAAUGAAAAAGAUAAGCUCCUUGAAACUCUGAAUGAUCUCAAAGAACGGGAAGAAGUAAUAUCUAAACAAGAUGAGACAGAGAAACAAGAAAAUGUAGUCAAGGACCUUCAAGAGAAAAAUGAAGAAAUAUUGAUUAGUCUCAAUGAGAAAGAUCUCAUGGUUCAAGAGCUACAAGCAAAAAUAUGUACUCUUAAUGAUGAAAAGGAUCAUUUCUUAAGUAAAAUACAAAAUGCUCAGGAGGAAUUGGACAACCUCCACAAAAAAUGUGAAAGGAAAGAGGAAGAGAUUAUAAAACUUAAGGAAAAAGAAGAUCAAAUUACUCAGUACAACAAUGAACUAGAACAAAAGGUGAAUGCAUCAACGGUAGCAUGGAAAGAGGCUUUAAAAGAAAAAGAGCAUAACAGCCAAAUUGUGAAAAAGCUUGAGGUUCAAGUUAAAGUUCUCUCUGAAGAGCAAGAAAUGUUGUUGUCUCAGAUGAAGAACCUUCAGAAAGAAAAUGAAAAACUAAGUACAGAAAGGGACCAAAUGAAUAAAGAUUUGGACACUUUCAUAGCUGAAAAAAAAGAAUUUAGCUUUAAAGAGAAAACUACAGAAUUGGGAAAUAAACUUCAGCUGGCAAUUAAAGAAAAAGAUAAUUUAGAGGAGUUAUUUGUAAAGGAGCAAACACAAAACUCAAUUGUUAGGUGCCAGCUGUAUAAUUUCCUGAAAGAGAUGGGAGCCACAGGUUCAGAAAUAAAUGAGGAACAAGAUGUCAUGAUUAUCUUACAAGCUGUAAGAGACUCUUUAGAAAGAAUGAAGGAGGAAAAACUGAGCUUGGAUUUUCAGAAAAAUGAAAUGGUGCUUCAGUUGCAGAAAGAAAAUGAAUAUAUCAAAGAAGAGAAUUUAGCCAAUUGUAAAGAACUUCGAUCUUUACUGGAAGACUAUGAAAGAGAGAGAAUUUCUCUGAAGGAAGAACUGGAUGGAUGUCUAUCAGAAAAAGUGGCAUUGCAACAUGAUCUUCAAGAGAUGAAUAAUGUAAAUGAGAAGACACAGCUUGAAAACCAAAAUCUUUUAGCUCAGAUAAAAGAAGUCUCUCAGAAGCUUCUAUGUAGCAAAAAUGAAAUUCAGGAUCAAGGAGAGUCUUCUGUAGAAGAGCAAGGAAACAUAAGACUAUUGCUAGAACAAAGAGAAGCUGAACUACAUGAUGUGAAAGCAGAAUUGACAACUUUAAAGGAUUCCUUAGAGAACUCAACCUCUGUAAAAAGUGAUCAACAUUCAGUAAUGGAGCUAGAAGAUAAAAUUGUAAAUUUAGAAAAAGAAUCAAAAGAAAAAGAAGAGAAAUUAAGUAAGAUAAAACUUGUUGCCUUGAAAGCAAGAAAAGAACUUGAUUCCAGCCGAAAAGAGGCACAAUCUCUGAGGGAAGAACUUGAAUUGGUUCGAUCUGAAAGAGAUCAUUUGUCUACUUCUAUGAAAGACCUCAUUCGAGGAGCAGAAGGCUAUAAGAAUCUUUUCUUAGAAUAUGAUAAACAAGCAGAGCAAUUGGACAUGGAAAAGGAGCGUGCAAAUAAUUUUGAGCAUCAUAUAGAAGACCUUAAAAGACAAUUAAAUACUUCAACUUCUCAGUGUGACAAGCUGAGCUCUGAUAAUGAAACUCUCCUAGCACAUAUCGAAACUCUACAGUCUAAUGUCAAGAUGUUAGAGGCUCAAAUUUUGGAAGUUCAGAGAGUGAAGGUCACAGUGGACAAAGAAUUGGAAACUGAGAAACUUCAAAAAGAGCAAAAAAUAAAGGAGCAUACUAAUACUUUAAAGGAACUUGAAGAGCUUCAGGUACAGCUUCAGAAUGAAAAGAAAUAUCUUCAGAAAACCAUGCAAGAGUUAGAGAUGGUUAAGAAGGAUGCUCAGCAAACUACAUUGAUGGACAUGGAAAUAGCUAACUAUGAACGUUUAGUGAAAGAACUGAAUCAAACUAUUACUGAUCAAAACAGCAGAAUUGAAGAUUUAGAACAAGAAGUUAAAAUUUAUAAACAGAAACAAGAAACCCUACAGGAAGAAAUGAGUUCACUUCAGUCCUCAUUAACACAAGCUGAGGAUAAAAACACCAAAAUCAAGCAGCUACUAGUAAAAACCAAAAAAGAACUGAAAGAUUCAAAACAAGCUGAAGCCAACCAGCUAAAACUUCACUCAUCUUUAAAAGGUGAACUAGAAGCAAACCAGCAGCAAGUUGAAGUCUAUAAAAUUCAAUUAGCUGAAGUAACAUCAGAAAAACACAAAAUCCAAGAACAACUGAGGACUUCUGUAGAGCAACACCAGCGUACCCUGAGUUCUUGCCACCAGAAAAUCACAAUUCUACAAGAAGAAUGCAACACAGCUAAGGCAGAACAAGCUACCAUUGCCUCUGAAUUUGAGAGCUACAAAGUCCGGGUUCAUAAUGUUUUAAAACAACAAAAAAAUAAAUCUUUAUCUCAGAGUGAAACAGAAGGAGCCAAACAGGAAAGACAACACCUAGAAAUGAUAGACCAACUAAAAAUGAAAUUGCAAGACACCCAGAACAAUUUACAAACCAGUGCAUCUGAACUUCAAGUAUUACAGUCUGAACAUGAUACACUACUGGAACGGCAUAAUAAGAUGCUGCAGGAGACCGUUGCAAAAGAGGCAGAACUCCGAGAAAAGUUCUGUACAAUACAGUCAGAAAACAUGGUGUUGAAGUCAGAGUAUGCACAGACUGUGAGUCAGCUAACAUCCCAGAAUGAAACACUCCGCAGUAGCUUCCGGGAUCAAAUGAGACAUUUACAGGAAGACCACAGGAAGACCAUGGAGACACUGCAGCAGCAGCUUUCCAAAGUAGAAGCUCAGUUCUUCCAGCUCAAGAGUGACCCUGCUGUCAGAAGUUCAAAUUCUUCACAUCAGCCACUGAAGAAUCUUCGUGAAAGAAGAAACACAGACCUACCCCUCCUUGAAAUGCACACUGUAGCCAGAGAGGAGGGAGAAGGAAUGGAAACAACUGACACUGAGUCUGUGUCUUCUACCAGUAUCCAUACACCAUCUCUCGAACAGCUUCUUAAUUCUCCUGAAGCUAAAUUUGAGCCUCCUUUGUGGCAUGAAGAACUCACCAAAGAGGAAUUGGUUCAGAAGCUUAAUUCUACCACAAAGAGUGCUGACCAUUUGAAUGGUCUCCUUCGGGAAACUGAAGCAACCAAUGCAAUUCUUAUGGAGCAAAUUAAGCUUCUCAAAAGUGAAGUAAGAAGAUUGGAAAGGAACCAGGAGCGGGAGAAGUCUGUAGCUAAUUUAGAGUACUUGAAGAAUGUCCUGCUUCAGUUCAUAUUUCUAAAAGCAGGGAGUGAAAGAGAGAGACUUCUUCCUGUCAUCGACACAAUGCUGCAGCUCAGCCCCGAAGAGAAAGGAAAGCUGAUUGCAAUUGCUCAAGGUGAAGAAGAAAGUACGUCUCGACCCUCUGGAUGGGCAUCCUAUCUACAUAGUUGGUCAGGCCUUCGAUAACUGGGUGAAAAGAAAAUGUUUUUCAAGCUGGUAACCAAAUAGAAUAUUUGUGACAAAAAUAACUCCAAAACAUGAAGUCCUUUUGUUUCUUUUGUGAAUUUGUGUGUGACUAAACAGGAUUUAUGUAGGCAAAAAAAUACAUCAACAGCAACUUGAAGGUCGUGUCAGAUAUCGGUCCUUCAAAGAUUGGCUGUGCUACCAAGGCCACCUUUUUUGGCUCUUUUAAUUAAGCUGUCAGAAGAGAUUGAAAGAGGGCGCCUAUUCUCUCAUUCUUUAGGCCUCUGGAUCCUGUUGUUCCUAAGUAGGAAUACUGUAAGCCCAAGUUUUGGUCCCGUAACAGAACUGGAAUUUAGGGCGUUUGAAAUUGCUUACAGGAGGUAGUGUUGCCUUAAAUUAAUUGGCAGCAAAAUUAAUAGCAAUUAAAGAUAUGAAGAAAAAUGUAUAUUAGGAACAUUUGACAAGUUAUUCCUGAAUUUAAGUGACAAUGAAAAUACUGCAAAUGAAUUAUGAGGCUAGUUUACCAAAUUCCUCACACGUGUUUUAAAAUGUGUUCAAAAUAUCAACAUAAUGUUAUUUCAGUUAUUUGGUUUGGCUACAAAAAUAAAAGUUUAAUUAGAUUAGAUGAUAAAACAGUGAAUCAAAACAAAAAUGGCUUUUAUUGCAUGAUAACCUUUUCCAUUCUUUUAAGUUAUUGUAAGCCUUCAGUGUGUAUUGAAAGUUUGGUUAAAUUAUUACCAACUUGUUCUAUCUCUUUUCCACUCUCCCAUCCCCACCCCUCCAGGUCACUGAGAAUGUGGACCCUUAGAGCCAUAGAAUUCAGCCUUAUAUUUAAAUGAAACAGCCUAAGGGGGAUUCUUAUAUUCCUGCAGAAUGUAGAGCCCCCCAUAGGCUUUCUAAUAAUUUAGAAAUGAAAAAAGAGCACUGGCUCCUUGGGGGAAGGCUUGUUGGAGGCUUCCUGUCUAAUUUGUAGAUGAUCCACAGUCUCUGUGAAUAAGAGUGGUUGCUGUCUUCUGAUUCUUUCAGGUGUGUUCAAUUGGCUAAUAAAAUCAACAUUGUAUUAUUAAAUCUUAAAAUUGAGAGCAAUCUGAUGAAAAAUAGUUUGCUAUUUAGUAAUGUCAACAUACAACCAGUUUCAUGAAGUUCUUUAAACCUGUUGAUUUGUACUUUUAACUUUAAAAAUCUCAGUGGAGAACUGACUUUGCACUUUGUUUACUAGAACAUUAACUUCCAAACAAGUUUAAGUGAAAAUAUGCUGCUGACUUGUUGAGUUUGUUCUUUUAAGAAAUUUUCCUUCUAAGUGGCUUUUGUCAUAUGUUUUAGAACAGACCAAAACUAGUGAAUGUGUCAUUAUAUGCAUUUAUUUCAGAACUGAAGUUUAAUAAACAUUUCUUUUUCUUACUUUGAAAACUGUGAAUAUAAGUAUGCCAGUAGCAUACAAUGUAAAACUGAUAGUAUUUGAAGAAAUUUUAAUUUCCAACUGACCCUCAGAUUUGUGAAUCAUAGACAUACUUGUAUUGAAAGAUUGAGUCUGUAUUCAUGAAUGUAAUAAAAAUCCUUUUUGCAUGACAUAAAAUAGUUCAUUUAAUUACAGGGGAAGAUAUUCUUUGAGACUUUCGGUAAUGAAAAGUUAUGAUUAUUUUAAUAAUCGCUUAUUAAACAUGUUUUAAUGUGUUACACA